AUGAGCCUGUCACAAUGUCUGACUGAGCUAUCGACUUGUGGACCAUUCAAAUUCUUCGUACUGUUUCGAAUAAGGAGCAGAAAGCUCAGCUUAGAACGUUGGUGGAUCUUCGGUAACAGGGGAUGCAAGUGGCUGGACUGGCACAGACUUUUUGGACAUUGGUGCAAUUUACUAGCAUCAUGUCGAUCUGAGCUGAUUGCAGUGCCCCCGGAGGUACCAGAGUCUUCUCCAGCUGAUAGUGAAUCUUCACAGUCUCCGUCUCACAAGGGAACGUCAAGGAGGAAGAGGGCAGCAGAGACUACCCCGGUGGUUCUGAGUCUGGUGGUCCUGGAGGACCCGAUUCUGGUGGUCUCACAGCUCGUAAUUUCACUGCUGCUGCCAUUAUCAAGAAGGCCAUCUUUGCCUUUGGCCUCUGGAUUGUCCUGCGUGCUGUGUUCAGAGUCCACUCCAGAGCUCGUUCCAGUCCAGGAGUUCUCAGAGUCCACUCAUGAACUCGCUCCAGUGCGGGAGCCCUUAGAAUCCACUCCAGAUCCCACUCCAGUCUGGGAGUCCUCAGAGCCCACUCAAGUUUACGAGUCCACUCCAGAGCUUGUUCCAGUCCAGGAGUCCACUCCUGAGCCUGCUCCAGUUCCUCCCGAGGUGGCGGCUUCUGCUGCAGAACCUCCCGAGGCAGUAGUGUCUGCUUCAGCUCCUCUCUGAACUCUCAGUCUGCCUGUCCUUUUGCAGCCGUCAUGGCUGUUACUAACCUCUCUGUGCUCCUCUUUGCAGUCCUGCCUGAGCCGCUAGGGGGGUCAUCUGCCUUGUUCAGCUUGCUGCCUGCCAAGUUUCCGUCUCUGCCCUGGUCACCCAACUCGCUGCAAAUAGAAAAACCACCUGCAAAUUAAGAAAACAACUUUGUCAAUUUAACAUCACAUGCGCUGCAAAUGCUGACAACACAACUAAAUAAAACGCACUGCAAAUAAAAUUCUUUAUUUGGUUGUGUUGUGAGCAUUUGCAGCACCUGCUGUCAAAUUGAUGACGUUUUCUUGAUUUGAAGGUGCUUUUUCUAUUUGCAUGUUUUCUGAAGUUGCAGCGCAUUGAGUUCUCUCAGCCGCUGUAGUUUUGCCCUGAUUUGGAUUAUUCUUUGAUAUUUUAUUUUUUGUUUGACAAUAAAUGCUGCAUUUGGUUCUGCUUGUUUUUGAGCAUUCCGUGAUUGGAGCCGUUGAAUUAUUAGAAAAUAAUUCACAGUGUUGAUGCGUCAACGACGGUGUGCAUUAUUUUCAAAUAAAUCAACGGCCUGGAGUCAGUUAAUCUGCUUAUAAGCCUGGAAUACACUACAUGAUUUUUGCCCCGAUUUUCCACUGAUUUAAGGUGGUCCAUUUGACCGUGGACUGCGAAGUGGACUUCACAGGGUACUCCGCCAUCUUGAGUGAGAUUCCAAUCUGAAGGGAGCAAACAUGUUACGUUCGAAGAGCACUGUGAACGGCAUAGGCAUAGGGAGUACGGGAACAUCAAUACAUCACUUCACAGGAAGUGGAGGGAAAAUCUCCCAACUGUCAUUGCACAUCACAUCACCAAUUAGAACUAAUGUUGGAGCAGAGCUGUCGAAAGAGUUUUUAAAGGAGGGGUUGCAAUAAGCUACGUUCACACUGUCAGUUUUUGGGAUUGACAACCGUAUUUACUUAGGUGUUAGUCUCGAAAUGUCUCGUUCACACAGCAGCUUACAGUAGCAUCUCGAAUACUGUGUAUGAACGUGCAAUGGGAGUCAAGUAUUCCUUACCAGUGACCAAAGUAAAAUCAAAGUCCUCUGAUUUUACCAAAGUAAAAGCCAAAGUUUUUAUUUUUCUACUGUCUCUAGCAACAAGACGCAUGUUUCUGCCUGAGUUUGUUGUGAUCGGAAAAACUUAAAUUCUGGUAGAGUGUAUUCCUCAAUUGUUUGGUGUAUGAUGGCAAGUUCUCCUUUG